CGGUUUUACACAUAAAAGCCCCAGGGACUGAACGUGUUUGUGGAGCAAAUUUAAGGAAAAACAAAGCUUCUGUUUAAAUAUAUCAAACUUCCGUUACUGUCCAUUUUCUCGAGGGAAUAAACUGCUAAUGGCACCGCAAAAAGUUGUGUUUUGUUCGUUUCCUGGCAACGAAAAUGAUUGGCUCUAGCAAGGACAGAGCAGCUAAUCGCCCAGGCCUACGAGUCCUAGUUGGUACAUGCCAGUUAGCGACCAGGCCGUCGCGAUUAUGCAGGAAGUGCUAAUUUGGGGUCAAAGAUGAGUUCAGCCAUGUCCAACAUCGAUAUCGUGCAGCCGCUGUGGGAUCUGAGCACUUUUACCGGCCGUCUGAAGCACUACUUCUGGAUAACUGACCCGCGCACAUGCUUCGCCACCGAUGAGGAGCUUGAUCGCGCCAAAGAGCUGUACCAAAGUGUGAAGGCUGGCACUGUACCUCAAAAUACAACGAUCGAUCAGAUACAUUAUGCGAAGAAGCUGUACGAAAGCGCCUUCCAUCCGGACAGUGGCGAGAAGCAGAACGUGUUCGGGCGGAUGAGCUUUCAGAUGCCGGGCGGUAUGGCCAUUACCGGGGCCAUGCUACAGUGGUACAAAACAACGACCGGAGUGGUAUUCUGGCAGUGGGUGAACCAAUCGUUCAAUGCGCUCGUCAACUACACGAACCGUAACGCAAACUCGUCCCUCUCGACCACCCAGCUAGGGGUGGCUUACGUGUCGGCCACGACGUCCGCCCUGGUGGCUGCGGUGGGCUACAAGGCGUACCUGCAGAAGCGGGCCACACCAUUGUUCCAGCGAUACGUUCCGUUUGUGGCGGUGGCGGCGGCCAACUGCAUCAACAUACCGCUGAUGCGCCAGAACGAGCUGAUACACGGCAUCGGCAUUGAGGAUGAGAAUGGCAAUGUGGUCGGUUCGAGCCGGUUGGCUGCGGCGAAAGGAAUUGCCCAGGUGGUAACUUCCCGUAUUGCUAUGUGUGCACCGGGAAUGCUGAUCCUGCCUGUCAUCAUGGAACGAUUGGAGCAAUAUCAGUCCUUCCGCCGUAUCGCGAUUCUUCACGCACCAUUCCAGGUUUUGGUUGUCGGUUGUUUCCUAACGGUAAUGGUACCGACGGCCUGUGCGCUGUUCCCGCAGAAGGCAGAGCUGAGCACGAGCGUGAUGAAGCUGGUCGAGCCAGAGUUCUACGAGGAGAUGUGCAAGAAGAACGAGCGCGUACCAGAGCUUGUGUACUUUAACAAGGGACUGUAAGCGCCCCAUCAUCACACUGUGGAUCGAUUGAUUACCUCCACUAGCCAAUUUGUAUGCGAGCGCACAGCCGGAAGCUAGUUCCAUCCUCACACAAAUGCAUCAAAUGCAGUGCAGAAUACAAUAAACGAUUCGUCAUCAGGUAGAAAGUUAAAAA